AUGUGCUUUGAACUUUUCGACGGCCACGUGAUGACGCGAUCGUCGGUCAUCUCACGGCGUGAGGCUGCAGCCGCUGUUCGCGGUGCACGAUCACUUCCUGUAGAUGCAGCCUCAUGUGCCAUACGUCGUGACAAUAUACGACUAGCAGUUGAACUUGUGGAGCAGGGCCGUGGCCAGCAGUGGUCGCUGGCAUCUCGACUCAGGACUCCAGUCGAAGACCUCGAGUCGGCAAAUCCGAAACUGGCGCGCAAUUAUUUAAAGCUGAGCAAGCGCAUUUCCAAUGCAGCCCAGAGUUCUGCAACCACAACAGAGUAUAGGAUACUUACAAGGCAAUGGGAAGCCGCGGUAGCUAAGAUACGCGAUCUUCCGGCGUUCUCGCGGUUCCUGCUUCCACCCUCAUACGAAGACCUCCAAGCGGCAGCCCGCCAGGGCCCGGUCAUCAUCCUGAUUGCCAGUCAAUACUCGUGCAGCGCCAUCAUCGUCCCGACGUCAGGAGACCCUCAUCAUGUUACUUUGCCGUCCAUCGGUCUCGCAGAUCUGAAUACUCUCAAGGAUCGCUUCGCCAGGGCAAUACGAGAAGCAUCUCGGAUGAACCCAGGGGAGUCGAGGGCGGAUCUCAUAGUGCUCUCGCGGAUAAUAUGGGAUGAGAUCAUGCUACCUAUUGUCAACGUGCUCGAGCAUGUCCUGAAACUAAAGCGCCGCUCUCGAAUCUGGCUGUGUCCGACUGCAGCUUUCACGUCCAUUCCUCUUCAUGCAGCUCAUCCGUUUCAAACAAAGGCAGAUCGUUCCGGGAGGGAGCCAUGCCUGGAAGAUCUCUACAUUUGCUCUUACACGCCGACACUUUCGGCUCUGAUCAGAUCUAGACAAUUGAUGAAAAGGCGUGUGUCUCCGUCCUUUGUGGCGAUCGGACAAGGUCAACCGGGUGCAGGGAAAGGCAAGGCACUCUUGGCUGUCGACAGCGAGCUCGAGCUUGUCCAUAAGCUCGUCCCUGCAACUGCCAAUCGCACUACUAUUUCUGGCGACGCAGCCACACGAGCAGGUGCACUCGAAGCUUUGCAGCAGAAUACCUGGGUGCACCUAGCUUGUCAUGGGAAGCAGGACCCUAAGCAGCCUUACGACUCCCAUUUUGUCAUGAGAGACGGACAUUUGACGCUGCUUGAUAUCAUGGAGAGACAUCUUCCGCAGGCCGAGUUCGCGUUCUUAUCGGCUUGUCAUACUGCCGUCGGCGAUGAGGAGACGCCCGACGAAGUGAUCCACCUCGCAGCUGGUAUUCAGUUUUCGGGGUUCAAGAGCGUCGUUGGCACGCUGUGGGAGGUCGACGACUCUGUUGCAAAACAUGUCGUCGAAGCUUUUUACAGGUAUAUGUUUGGAGAUUUGAAGGAUGGUUGUGUGAUGGACUGUACGAAGGCGGCCUGGGCACUGAACUGUGCUACGCACGCGGUGAAGACGAAAGUACCGCUCGAACAGAGGAUGGUUUUUGUUCAUAUCGGUGUGUGA